UGCCGUCCAGACUGUGUAGUCGAACACAGAAAUCCUCCUGCCCCUGCACUUUCUGUUGACGUGGUAACGGUGACUUAAAAGAGUUGGCUUGGAAAUCUCCAGAUAUUCAUGAGUUCAGUGUAAAAAUAGUGCUGUUAAGAGCGAGCAGUCAUGCUGGACUUUGCCAUCUUUGCUGUCACGUUUGUCAUCAUUUUAGUCGGCGCUGUUCUCUACUUGUACCCGUCAUCCAGAAGGGCCUCUGGCAUCCCAGGUCUCAACCCCACAGAUGAGAAGGAUGGGAACCUGCAGGACAUUGUGAACAGGGGCAGUCUGCACGAGUUCCUCGUCAGUCUGCAUCAGGAGUAUGGGUCCGUGGCGUCGUUCUGGUUCGGCGGUCGGCCGGUGGUCAGCCUGGGCUCUGUGAACCAGCUACGGCAACACAUCAACCCCAACCACACCACCGACUCCUUUGAGACGAUGCUGAAGUCGUUGCUAGGUUACCAGUCAGGGUCGGGAGGCGGGGCCAAUGAGACCGUGAUAAGGAAAAAGGUGUAUGAGAGUGCCAUCAACAACACGCUGAAGAACAACUUCCCUCUUGUGCUCAAGCUGGUGGAGGAGCUGGUUGGAAAGUGGAAGUCGUUCCCAGAGGCUCAGCACACCCCACUGUGUGCCCACCUGCUGGGUCUGGCCAUGAAGACCGUCACCCAGCUGGCUCUGGGUGAGCGCUUCAAAGACGACACGGAGGUCAUUUCCUUCCGCAGGAACCAUGACGCGAUCUGGUCAGAAAUCGGGAAAGGCUACUUGGACGGCUCCCUGGAGAAGAGCUCCAGCAGAAAAGGACAUUAUGAGAAGGCUCUGUCAGAGAUGGAGUCUGUGCUGCUGUCAGUGGCGAAGGAGAGAAAAGCCCAGAGGAAGCAGACGGUGUUUGUCGACACUCUGCUUCAGUCCAGCCUCACAGAACGACAGAUCAUGGAGGACUGCAUGGUUUUCACUUUGGCUGGAUGCGUCAUCACUGCCAACUUGUGUAUCUGGGCACUUCACUUCCUGUCCACCUCAGAGGAAGUGCAGGACAAGCUGUACCAGGAGCUGGAGGAGGUUUUGGGUUCGGAUCCAGUUUCCCUGGACAAGAUCCCUCAGCUUAGAUACUGCCGGCAGGUCCUCAACGAGACGGUGCGGACUGCCAAGCUGACCCCCGUCGCGGCUCGGCUUCAGGAAGUGGAGGGCAAAGUCGAUCAACACGUCAUCCCCAAAGAGACUUUGGUGAUCUAUGCUUUAGGAGUAGUCCUGCAAGAUUCUGACACCUGGACCACCCCAUACAGGUUUGACCCGGAUCGAUUUGAGGAGGAAUCAGCCACGAAGAGCUUCUGUCUGCUCGGCUUCUCGGGGAAUCAAACAUGCCCGGAGCUCAGGUUUGCCUACACUGUAGCUAGUGUCCUGCUCAGCACUUUGGCGCGGCAGCUGAAGCUUCAAAAGUUGAAAGGACAAGUCAUGGAGGUCAGAUCUGAGCUGGUAUCCACUCCUAAGGACGAAACCUGGAUCACCGUCAGCCCAAGAAGCUAGAACUAGUCGUUAAAACCACCGGAGGCAGAGGAGCUGAGGAGUCCUGUUCCAAAAAAGGAAUAUAUUUAACAUCUUGGUUAAAGGAAUUACCAGCAAAGUGUCUGUCGAAUGUUGAAAAUCCAUCAUUUUUUCAGCCCAUGACUCACGUUGCCUCCCGUCUUUUUAAAAAAACGUUCCGAUAGUUGACACUUUUUGGGAAUUAAACUCUUGAUUUGCACCAUUCUUGAAGGCUUUUUCUUAACUUGGUGGAAUUUUUGUAUGUACAGUCAGUGCGUUCUUUGCACUCAAGUUGCACCACCACUGUAAUUCCCCCCCGGUUGUCUUUCUGGUGCUUUUUCAGCUGAAGCCUGAAGCACAUUAUUACCUUGUCUGUCCACAGGUCAAAUUUGCACUUGUUGAAGACUCCAUCUGUUCUAAGGGAGGAAAAUUCACUACCUUAAUACUCCACAACGCCGAGAAACACAAAUUGUGCCGCCAGAAGUUUUUCUAUAAUUCUUAGAACAACUGCCUUGAGUCAGCAUUUCCAGUGACACGGGGCCUGUUUGUCUAUUAAAAAAGGCCACAUGGCGUUUAAACAUUUCAGUCCUUUUUGUAAAGAUAUCUUACAUAUGAUUAAAUAUGUAUGAAGAGUUG